AUGUCAUCCGCCGCCCAAGAAGAAUUCAAUCAACUCCUUCAGAACAAUCGAGACCGGUUCUCGACUCACCCUGAAGACCGAGACAAUCAUUCCGAUCGAGACGACUCCGAUCAAUCGUCCGACGAUAACGAUCACGAAGACCACAAUCGCCCUCAUUUCUCCGACGCAGACGACGACGACGACGAAGACCUCCACAGAUCCACUGCCAUGCACUCCCGCAACACCAGCAGCUGCAAGAUCCCCAAUGCCACCUACGACGCCAACACGGGCCCCAAGGGUGUCAUCGCCGACGCCCAGGCCUUCGAACGCGCCCGCAAAUCCUCCUUCCGUCGCACCCUGCUGAGCGUCGCUGGCAUUGACCGACCCCACUACUCGAUGAAGUCCACCACGGACGACGCCACCCUGCUGCACAAUUCCUCCCCGCCUGACGGGUCGUCGGGCAGCGACGACGAGGAGCGGUUUCUGCGCCAGUGGCGCACCUCGCGCAUGCAGGAGAUGCAGGCCCGGACGCUCCGCAAGCCCAGCCCUCGCCGCCGGUUGUAUGGGUCGGUCGACCAUGUGGAUGCCGUGGGGUAUCUGGAUGCCAUUGAGAAGGUCACUUCGGGGACGGUGGUGGUUGUGUGUCUGUAUGAUCCGGAGUCUACUCCUAGUGCCCUCGUCGAAGACUGCCUGAACACCAUUGCUCGCCGCCAGCCCACGGUUCACUUCAUCAAGCUGCACCACGAAAUCGCAGAGAUGGAUAACAUCGAGGCCCCGGCCUUGCUGGCGUACCGCGACGGGGAUGUCUUCGCCACGCUUGUCGAGAUCAUGCGCCAGAUUCCCAAGGGACGGAGUCUGAGUGCCGACAGUCUGGAGGACUUGUUGAAGAUGCACCGUAUCCUCUAA